AUGCAGUCUUCGCACAGCGACGACGUCGAGGUCAUGCUUCCGCUCGACCCUUUCACCUACCAGCGGCGUGCUCGGUACAGCGACGAGUCCGAGGCCAAGCUCGCUCGCGUGAUUCUCAGUCCCCUCAACACCCACUCCUUCUCUCCACCCUCGCGUCUCAGCGGCAGCGAUGGUGACUGGUCGCCCACAAGUUCGCGCGCCAGUGAUCUCUCGUGCCUCAGCGAGGCAGCCACGUCGCUUCGCCGCACUCGCUCCGGCUCUGCCCGUUCCAUCUCGCCUCCUCUCAGCCCUGCUGUCGCUCUGGCGCCGCUCGACUGCGCCUCAGGCGGCGGCUCCUUCUCCAGCAUCGACCUCACCUGCUGCUCGCCCGAUCUCGAGCUCAACGUCGAUCCCUUCGAGAAGGCUUUCGCUGCUUCCUUGACCGCAGUCGACGGUCACUCUCUCAGCGAGACGCAGACACUGUCACCGUCCCUCGACUCUCUCGAUGACGUCGCUCGUCUAGCGGCCUUCCGCCUCGGCUGCUCAACUCUCAACACACCCUGCACUCCGCCUCUGAAGCGCCGCACUCACGUCUCGACGGGCAACGAGAGCCACGAGCAAAGCGCGUUCGAGGGCCUCGGCAUCUCUCUCGAGCCCGCGGCGAAGCCGCGACGCAAGCAUGCUCGCCGCAACGCCAUGGAUCUGACCUCUGACUUCUCUGUCGCUGGCUCGCGCGAGGCCUUUCUCGCCAGCCUGCUGCCGUCUUCGCCGGCACCGACGCUGCCGCCGAAGGACGUCGCGCCUCAACUGAUCGACACUGCGAUGCAGCACGACGAGGUGCCGCAGCGCACGCCGACGGCUGCAGCGACUAGCGUCCGCGGCAUUCUGCAGGCGCAGGAAGAGGCCAUGAUGGCUGCCCGACGCAUGCUGGCGCCGCGCGUGGACGAGCCGAUGGCGGAAAUCGAGGAGGAAGUUGCAGGGGUGGAAGAUCUGGCGGAAACAUGUGAGGGCAGCGAGGAGAAGGCGGGCAGAACCGACCUCACUGCUGUGCUAGACGAGAUGGACAUCAGCGGCGACGACUCUUGGUCGUUCAUCUUGUCGCUCUCCUCGCGCACCCGCUCAGCGGACCCGGUCGGCUCGCAGUCGGUGCCAGCCUCUCCUGUGCUCGCCUGUUCUUCCAGCACGCCUCUUCUCUCGCAAGCCUCGCCUCGCCGUCUCUCCAUGUCGCCGCAUCAGCGCUCUACGAGCCUCUUCGGUCUCUCUUCGACGUGCAUGCUGAACGAGGGAGCUGCGCGCCUCCUGGAGCGGACAGGCAGAAAGGCUCGCAUCCGCCGACUGCGCGGCGAGACAUUCGAGGCUGGCACUCCGACACGAGUGCGAGAGCUGGUGCAGCGGGACUCUAUGGCAGCAGCUGGAGAGAGCCCGAUGACGAAGCGCAUCCAGACGCUCAUCGACGCAUGGCGCGGCGGUGUCUCUCCGUUCGCGUGCGACGAGGACGAGGCAAUGCCUGCGCAUCGCUCCAUCGCCACCACGCUCGGCAGCUCUCCGCUGCGCGCCACCUUUGGCACUUCCGUCUCGGCGCCGACGCUCGCGAGUGCGCCCAUGCUGCCUCCCCUUCCGCCACAGCUGGGAGUGCGCAGAGGCUCGCUGCCUCGAGACAGUCUCGAGCUCUCGCUGCCCGCUCGCAACAAGGCGGCACUGGUGUUCUCGCAGCCACAGCCUCUGCCUCUUCCAUCCACCUGCUCCGCGCAACCUCUGCGUCGUCGUCGACCUCCUCCUCUGCACCUCUCCUCCGCGCAAGUCUCUGCAGCGCCUCACUCCGCCUGCGCCUUCAGUGCCUCACCCGGCGUCUUUGAGAGUGCGCAUCGUCGGCAUCUCUCUGACGACACGUCGCUCCCUCCUGCCUCGCUCGUGCGUCGCAGAAACGGCACUGGCGUCGGUACCGUCACGACGGCUGUACGCGUCAAUGUCCGCGGUGUCGCUGCUACGCACAUGCCGCGACUCGUCGUGCGCAAGAUGCCAAGCAGUGGCGCUCUCUCGCCGCUCGCUAGGUCUUAA